AUGUCUCGCGAUCUCGUUCCUACCUCUAAGGUAGAUGAUUUUGGACUGGUUCACAUCGCUCCUAAUCAGCCCCGGAUAAAUCCGUGGAAUCCGGCCGUCGCCAGCCGUGCCAAUUCCAACCGUGACAUCGUUGGAUUCCAAACAAUUUGCAUGUCCUUGUUGCUGAUUUACUACAUCAGGAAUUACGCUUACACCACGAAAGACGAUGCCUCCUCAUGGCAGAAGUCCAUCGACAAGGCAAAUGUUGCUGAACCACUAGCGCAAGUGACCUACGGCUUCAAGGAAAAGGUGUGA